GUGUAACACAAAUACAGCUCGGGUGCAGAUGAAGGGGAAACGAAACCUAAUCCUGCUUCCAUUUUCUCCCUUUCAUUGUGCCUCCAGAAGAUACCUUAUCAUAUUCAUCAGGCUUUAGCUUAAUAGUAAAAUGGCUGGAGCUGAAAAAUCUUACUCUGAAGAUCAGUUCAGCUGCUCUGUGUGUCUGGACAUCCUGAAGGAACCAGUGACUAUUCCUUGUGGACACAGUUACUGCAUGAGGUGUGUUAAUAACUUCUGGUCUGCGUUGGAUCAGAACGCUGUCCACAGCUGUCCUCAGUGCCGUGAGACGUUUUCUCCAAGGCCUGCCCUGAAGAAGAACACACUUUUAGCUGAAGUGAUUGAGAAAAUGAAGAACGCUUCAGAUCAGGCCAGCACUUCUAAUCAAAUCAACUUGAGGUGUGUAAAGAUGGAAUGCGACUUCUGCAUCGGAACCAAAAAUAAAGCCGACAAGUUCUGUUUGCAGUGUUUAGCCUCCUACUGUGAGCUUCACCUCCAGCCUCACUACGAAUCUCCUGCAUUUGCGAAGCACAAACUAGUCCCAGCAUCUGCUCAGAUGAAGAAGAACAUCUGCUUUCAUCAUGGCAAGCUGCUGGAUAUUUACUGUUGUGACGACCAACAGUGUAUCUGUUACCUUUGCAUGGUGGAGAGUCAUAAUAAGCACAACACGUUGUCUGUGGAAUCUGUGAGGAUCAAAAAUCAGGAUUCCUUGGAAAGGACAAAGAUAAAGUGCCAACAGAUGAUUGCUCAAAGACAAGAAGGACUAGUGGAGAUAAACAGAGUUAAGAAGUCUAUUAUGUGUUUUGGUCAGGCAGCAGAGGAGGACAGUGAGAGGAUUUUCACCGAGCUGAUCGACUCCAUGAGGACAAGAUGUUCAGAGGUGAAAGAGCUGAUCAGAGCUCAAAAACAGGCUGAACUGAAUCGAGCUGAAGACCUUCGUCAGCGUCUGGAUCGUGAACUCGAAGAACUGAGGGCAAGAAUGGCUGAAAUAGAACAGCUUUUAGCUUCUAACGAUCACAUCCAUUUUAUCAAGUUUAUUCUACAGAAAUGCAACUCUGUCAGUGCCUUGCCUAGAUUUAAAGCCCUGCCUUCCACAACAUGCCAGCUUGAUGAGUCUUCGAAAAACAUUUCCAUGGCUGUGCUCAAGGAACACCUAGAGGAUGUCUGUCAACAAGAAGUAGCAAGAAUAGCACGAGAAGUUAUGAACAUCCAUGCUUUGGAACCUGCAGAACCCAAAACCAGGCAGGAUUUUUUGCGCUAUUUUUGUGAUCUUCACCUGGAUCCAAACACCGUGCACAAAAACCUUCAUCUAUCACAAGGGGACAAAAAAGUGAACCGGGUUCUUGAAGCUCCUCCGUAUCCCGAUCAUCCUGAAAGAUUUGAGGGCUUUCCGUACGUCUUAUGUAAAGAGGGUCUUUAUGGCCGUUGUUACUGGGAAGUUGAUUGCAGUGGAAAUGAUUGGUCCAUAGCAAUGUCAUAUAAAGGCAUCAUGCGUAAAGGACUCAGUGAGGAGUGUAGGUUUGGGUAUAAUACUCUGUCAUGGAGAUUGACUGUCAAUCAGAUGAGGUGUUCUGUUAGACACAACAAAAUCGCGAUGCGUGUUCGUCAGGCUGACUCGACAAUCGUCGGUGUAUAUUUGGACCACAGUGCAGGAACACUGUCCUUCUAUAGUGUCUCUGACCAAAUGAUCCUCCUUCAUAAAGUCCACACAUCAUUCACUGAGCCAGUCUAUGCAGGGUUUAGACCUGGGCCAGGUUCAGUAAUCAGAAUUCUGCAAGCGAACAAAGAGUAAAAAUAUUCAAAAACAUUAGAAGAAACAUUAUGUUGAGAAAAAAAUCAUUCAUUUGUUCAUUGUUUUAAGUAAAUGCUUUCUCCUGGUCAGGGUUACAUUGAAUAUGAUGAACGAAUACACCCUGGAUGGGACACCAGACCACUGCAGACACACAUAGGCAAUUUAGAGCAGUCAAUCCUCCUCUUGGCAUGUUUUUAAGAGUUGGGAGGAAACCCGAGAACCAGGAGGAAACACAAACAUGGAGAGAACAUGCACAGACACUCCACAAAGACAGUCAUCUCAGCUCAGGAUCAAACUAGCACUGUAGAGAUACCUGCUGCGUUAGCAUGAUACUUGGGAUUGUUGUUUGGACCUGAUUGAGUAAAACAUUCCAAUUGCAAAUUAGUACAUUUUCUAGACCAUGAACUUUACAUAUACUUUACAUUAUCUGUCACCUGAAGGCGUGAAUGGGUUGCCAGAUAAGAUCAUAAUUUAAAUGUAAUACUUUGGUGGAAAAUCUAACAUACACAAAUUUCCCUUUACACCAUAUGUGAUUAAUUCGGAAAGGGCAUGACGUAUGAUUAGGGCUUGCUUAUUUUGUAUUGCAAAAUGAUCAAUUAAUAAUUAAUAAUCAAUUUGUAAAUACAUAUGAAUGCAAAUUUGAUAUCUAAAAAAUGUAAAACUAGUUUGCUGGACUAUGUAAUCACAAUCAUUUAAAUAAAAAUG